ACAGGCUCCACCCACAGGACUGGUUCCAAGGUACUGGGCACCACCCCUGAGGCUGGACCCCGGGUCUGGGUCCGGGGAUCCCCUGGGCUCUAACCUCUCGGGAGUUUCACGAGUGGACUCACCUGUCAUGGGACCAUGACAGGUAUCCUUAGGACCUGCUCCAACAACAAGGAAACAGGCUCUGCUGGACUCUCGUGAUGCAGCAACACACCCCCUCCGAGCUGUAUAAAAGCGCUAAUCACCAAGAAACACACACACACUCCCGAACACUCACACACACUCACACCUCCUCCAGCCCCACCGUCCCCACCAUGGCCGCCUCCACCCUGUCCGGCUGCUCCAGCAACCUGAGCUACGGUAGCCGGGUCUGCCUGCCCGGUUCCUGUCACCCCUGCACCGGCUCCUCCUGGCAGUGGGACGACUGUCCAGAGAGCUGCUGCGAGCCCCCCUGCUGCGCCCCCAGCGGCUGCACCCCCGCGCCCCGCCUGGCCCUGGUCUGCACCCCAGCGAGCUGUGAGCCCAGCCCCUGCCUGUCAGGCUGCACCAGCUCCUGCACCUCCUCCCCCUGCCAGCCGGCCUGCUGUGCGCCCGUCUGCUGCAGGCCUGUCUGCUGCAGGCCCGUCUGUUGCACGCCUGUCUGUUGCACACCUGUGUGCUGCACACCUGUGUGCUGUGAGGCCUCCCCCUGCUCAGACUCCUGCUGUCAGCAGUCGAGCUGCCAGUCGUCCUGCUGCACCUCCUCCCCCUGCCAACAGGCCUGCUGUGUGCCCGUCUGCUGCAGGCCUGUGUGCUGCUCGCCCGUGUGCUGCGAGGCCUCCCCCUGCUCGGCCGCCUCGUGCUGCCAGCCCUGCCCCUGCCCCUCGUCCUGCUGCAGACCCUCGUCCUCCGUGUCCCUCCUCUGCCGGCCCGUGUGCCGCCCCGCCUGCUGCGUGCCCGUCUCCUCCUGCGGGGCCCCCGCCUCCUGCUGCCAGCCCAGCUGCUGCCGCCCGGCCUCCUGCGUGUCCCUGCUCUGCCGCCCCGCGUGCUCCCGCCCCGCCUGCUGCGUGCCCGCCUCGGCCUGCGAGUCCUGCUGCUGACCGGGCCCGUCCCCCCAGGGCCAGCCGGGCACUGCAGGGGCCCUCACCUCUACCACGGCUGCCCCCCAGCUGCCUUCAGGGUUUUCCCUAGGAGCUGAGCUGCGUGGACAGCCCCUUCCCCUCUCAGCCCAGGAGGGGGUCCCGCCACACUCGGGAUGACCCUGCCCCCAGCCAGGGCCCCUCCCCCGAGGGUCGAGGUGCUCAGGCUUGGGGACCUUCCCCCACUCAGGCCUCAGUGGCAUCAGCUCCGAAGCUGCUUGGACACGUAAUAAACAGCCUGCGUUUAGUG